AGCAAUUUUUUGUUUUUCUUUUUUCUCCACUGUAUUUCCAACCUCCUUUCAUAGGGUUUUUGGUGUGUCCCAAACUUCACCACUCUUUUCCCUCCAAUCCUGCUUCUCUUUUCAAUCCUUCCGUCUUCUUCGAGGUAUGCUUCUAUUGCUAAUGCAAUAACUCCCUAAUUCUUAUUUUCCUACCUUGUAAUUUUUAGCUUCUCUAUAAAUUUAACUUUUUGCUCUAUGCAUAUUGCAUUCUUAAAGCAAUAAUCUUUUAUCUCCUAAUGGCAAGAGGACCAGCAAGAAAUCUCCUUUAUCUCUAUUUAUCCAAUAAUAACAGUUCAAAGUUUAGAUUUUUUUCAGUCUCCAGUAGAUUCCUACAUACCCAUUUCACAGAACCAAAAAAAAUCCAAGAUUUUCACAUUUGUGGACACCCUUUACCAACCCCACCUCAAUUUUCACCUUUAUGGUUUAAUCAGUGGAAAAGGUUUGAUCUUUUUAAUUUUUAUGGACACCCUUUUUCCACAGUGGUGGAAAAUGAAGAUAAUGAAUCAGAACUUUGUAAUUUGGAUGUGGAAGAGAAUGAGUGUGAAAAUGGAACAUUAGGGUCUGAGAAAAGAUUGAAUUUUGUUCAAAUAGCUAGUCGUGAUCCGGUCGAAAUAUAUAAGGAGCUUAGGGGUGCUUCUAAGGGGGAAAAGCAAACGCGAGCCGAUUGGGAUGUUUUGAUUGAGAUAUUUAGAUGUUUUGCUAAGUCCGGAUGGGCUUCGAAUCAGGCUUUAGCUGUGUAUAUUGGUGCUGCAUUCUUUCCUACAGCAGCGCAUAAAUUUCGUAACUUUUUCUUUAAGAAGUGCAAGGCUGAUAUUGCAAAGUACUUAGUGUCGCUUGGUCCGUGCAUUGAGGCUGAAAAGUUUCUGUUUCCGAUCUUCGUGGAGUUUUGCUUAGAAGAGUUUCCUGAUGAGAUAAAAUGCUUCAGGAAAAUGGUUGAGUCGGCGGAUUUGACAAAACCUCAUACUUGGUUUCCAUUUGCCAGGGCGAUGAAACGCAAGAUCAUAUAUCACUGUGGUCCCACAAAUAGUGGUAAAACAUAUAAUGCAUUGCAAAGGUUCAUGGAAGCGAAGAAGGGAAUUUAUUGUAGUCCUCUAAGAUUGUUGGCUAUGGAGGUUUUCGAUAAGGUGAAUGGAUUAGGAGUAUAUUGUAGUCUUCUUACAGGGCAGGAGAAGAAGCAUGUCCCAUUUUCUAAUCACGUUGCCUGCACGGUUGAGAUGGUUUCAACUGAUGAGAUGUAUGAUGUAGCAGUUAUUGAUGAAAUCCAAAUGAUGGCGGACUCGCAUAGAGGUUAUGCAUGGACAAGGGCUCUACUAGGGUUAAAGGCGGACGAGAUACAUGUUUGUGGAGAUCCAAGUGUACUGGAUAUUGUUCGCAAAAUCUGUUCUGAAACUGGGGAUGGGUUGGUAGAACAACAUUAUGAGAGGUUUAAGCCGUUGGUGGUUGAAGCCAAGACUCUUUUAGGUGAUCUGAAAAACGUGAGGUCCGGGGAUUGUGUUGUUGCUUUUUCAAGGAGAGAAAUAUUUGAGGUUAAAUUGGCGAUUGAGAAGCAUACUAAUCACCGUUGUUGUGUAAUAUAUGGUGCCUUACCACCAGAAACUCGAAGACAGCAAGCUACCUUGUUUAACGAUCCGAACAAUGAAUUUGAUGUCUUGGUUGCCAGUGACGCAGUCGGUAUGGGUUUAAACCUGAACAUUCGAAGAAUCAUCUUCAACACCCUAUCAAAGUACAAUGGUGACAAGAUUGUUCCUGUUCCCUCGUCACAGGUGAAGCAGAUUGCGGGAAGAGCUGGUAGAAGGGGAAGUCGCUAUCCUGAAGGAUUAACCACCACUUUACAGCUGGAGGAUUUAGACUAUUUAAUCGAGUGUCUGAAGAAGCCAUUUGACGAAGUUCACAAAGUUGGGCUUUUUCCUUUCUAUGAGCAGGUUGAGUUAUUUGCGGGGCAAAUUCCAAACUCUACAUUCUCCGAGCUGCUUGAUAGGUUUGGUGAAAAUUGCCGUUUGGAUGGUUCUUAUUUCUUGUGCCAGUAUAACCACAUAAAAAAGAUAGCUAAUAUGCUGGAGAAAGUUCAAGGAUUAUCUCUUGAAGAUCGUUUCAAUUUUUGCUUUGCUCCUGUUAACAUUAGAGACCCAAAAGCAAUGUACCAUCUUCUGAAGUUUGCGUCAUCGUAUGCACAAGAACUGCCUGUUAAUAUAGCAAUGGGCAUGCCAAAAUGUUCUGCUCGUAAUGAUUCGGAGCUCUUGGAUCUCGAGACUAGGCACCAAGUGUUGUCCAUGUAUAUGUGGUUAUCUAAUCACUUUGAGAACGACAAAUUUCCAUAUUUCAAAAAGGCUGAGGCAAUGGCAACAGGGAUUGCUGAGUUACUAGGUGAAUCACUAGCAAAUGCUCGGUGGAAGCCAGAGUCAAGGAAUUCCGGGAAACAAAAAGGCCAGGAGAAGGAUGGUGGUAAUGAAAGGCCAAGGAGAAGUCAGGAAACACCUUUGUCUCAACAGCAGCAGCUGGAGAAGGUUGCUGCAUAAUACAUCUAGUUUGGUGGUUCUUGUACUAUAGACUUGUACGGGCAUCCGGUAAAGCAGAUAGUCUUGUACAGCUCCCAGAUAUAGUAGACUAGACUUGGAAUAUGACAAGCAAGAAGACGCAAGCUUCGUCCAGAUGUUAUCGCGUUUAGGUCCCUGCAAGGGUGCAUUGUUAUUUUUUAGCGUAAAUUCACAUGUUUAGUCAUGAUGCAUCGUGUUUUUAUUAAAGGAAUGAAAGAUUCGCAACAGAGGGUCUCUACUAAACUGACUUGUUCAAUCAUUGACUACUGGAGUGAAGCUAAUGGAGAUUUAAUGACUUAAAGAGUAUGUGAUCCGAAUACAUAGAAGCUGCGUCAAAAUCUAGCAACAUCAGAAUCGAGGGAAGGUGGAGGAUUCUGAUGCUUAGUACGUUUAUUUGUUAGGUGAGCUUUACUUUAUCAUGGCCACUGAUGACUAUUGGAUGAAAGCCUCAUAUGUAGUUCAUCUCAAAGGUCUCAUAUGUAGUUGUGCUAUGUAUAACAUGCAUAUUUAUUGUUGUGAGUUCUGAGGGAAUUCUCUGAACAUUUCUGGCUCUGUGAUAAAGAAUAAUGGCUAAAAGCUUGAUCUUUUCCUGUGGAA